GCAGGAAUGCAGAUAGACAACCAUGAGUGAACCACAUAACCCACAGGAAUAUCCAUACAAUGGGAAGCAGAAGAAACAGAAGAAUAAAUGGAAAAAUAAUGGCAGCCCUCAGGUCGUCCCAGUGGAUGAUGAUAACGGAAGAAAUAAAAGAGACCCUCAGAAGAAGAAAAAGAGCGAUAAAGGUGACGAUAAACAAUCAAACCGCUUUGCAGAAAGCAAAAACUUCAUACAAACCAUUGCAGAUGUCUCGCUUAUGAUGGCAAACAUUUCACAAUUAAGAGCAGUUUUGGAAAGAGAAAACAUCAAUUAA